AUGGAAAGAGGGAGGAGACUACAGUAUGUGGUUACUAUUGCUGUAUUGCUUCUUACUACUGCAAUGGGCAUAUUUAAUGCUUGGCAGCCGGUGAUGACAGGCAAGAUAUGGGUGCAGAGAGGCCCAAUACAUUUAGAUAGUGUUGCGUUCGACAAGAUAUCGUUAAUGACAUUAAUUGGAUAUUACACCGGGGCCGUGUUUGCGGGAAUCUGUUGCGAUGUUUUCGGGCGAAGAACUACAAUACUCUUCAGUGCAAUUAUAUUUGAAGUUGGAACGAUCUUCGCCGCAACAGCAAUAAAACUUUGGAUGUUGUGCGCUAUGGAGUUCCUAUGGCAGUUUGCAUGUGGUACGGUGACGAUUACAGCUGGUAUAUAUCUAGCAGAAAUAGCAGAUCCUGAAAUCAGAGGUAUGCUUCUCGUGGCAACAAAAUUCACUGUGUUCUUGGGUAGAACCUUAAUACUAUCGAUUAAGGAAGAAGUUGCCUAUGACAAGAUGAAUUACUGGCUUCUUAUUGUCGCUCCAUUGGCGUUUGUGGCGUGCUAUCCUAUACCGGAGUCACCGUACUAUCAUUUGAGGAACAAUAAUGAAGAAGAAGCGAGGAAGGCGUUCGCGAGGCUUCGACAAAAUGUGGGGACUGAGACCAUCCAAACCCAAUUCGACCGCCUAAAAUCACACACAGAUAAAGAGCUCGAAGAUUCAAAAUGGUUCGUCAAAUGCCUAAUCAAUAAGCGAUAUACAAAAGCAAUUAUUGCUUCAUUUGGUAUGGAACUUAUCUUCAUCAUGUCAGGAAUAAUUACUAUUCACAACUAUUACUACACUAUAGCGGAAGAGAGUGACGUCACGUUACCUCUGAAUUGGGUCUUUGUUUUAUAUGUCACCAUACCGUGUAUUAUAGGAAUAGUAUCCGCCAUCUUAGUGGACAGAGUCGGACGUCGUGCAUUAUACCUAACAUCCUUUUAUUGGUUUGGUCUCACUCACCUGCUGAGAGCGAUUAAGGAAUCUGGAGGAAAUGCCGGGAUAUUCUGCGCGUACGGUACAGUCGCCGCUAUUGGGUUUGUUUUUACGUACUACUGUCUGCCGGAAACGAAGAAUAAGAGUUUAGGUGAAGUACAGGAGAUGCUUCAGGGGAAGAAGUAUUUGAAUAACAUGGAAUUAACAAAUAUAUUGUGA